AGCCAACUGACGCACGACAACGCUUGACAUGGAGGGGAAGUUGUUGAUUGUUCUUUUUGUUCUUUCUUCAAGUUUCGGAGCUUUUGCACUCAAUUGCCACGUGUGUCCCUUUUUCGGGGUUUGCAAAGACGGUGAAGUGGGCGAACUGAAGUCAUGUGCCAGCCUCAACGGUACAGUUGCCAACCAAUGCCUGAAAUUUGAUGGCGCAUAUUCUGCAGUAUUUAGAGGAGCGACUGCAACCUUCCGCGGCAGCAUUCGAAAUUGCAAUCUCCUGCCAAAGGAUUCCGAGCCCCCACCCCUCCGCUGCUUGUCCACUAGUGAGAGUAGUGGUUACUUGACGCGCAACCUACAGUAUGCCACUGACCUGGUGCCCUAUGUCAGUAACGUGACAAUCCAAGUCACGUCCGGCCAUCUGUGCUUCUGCGACGCUGACGGCUGCAAUGGCGUAGACUCCGUCAAGCCGUUCCUCUCGCUCCUCCUCAUCUCGGGCUUGAUGCAUCUGUUCAUGAUGUAAAAUAGUUUUUAGUACGCAUCCAGUAAAAUACUGUGUUGUCGUCGGGUGCCUUACCAUUUUAUAGACGUUAUUAGCCUCCGUAGUUUUUGUAUCCUCUUAUAGUUAUAGUUUAAUGAAGAAAAUGAUCCAUGCAGUCACGGUUAUAAAGACUCGUGUAAGUUUUCACAGCGAUCCGUAGCGCUCUCAUACAAGAUUAUACUCAUGCCUGUAUCGGAAAAUUCUACAGCGAUUAGGUAGCAGUAGUCUG